GGGCGUAGGAAUCUUGUGAUACGUGCGUCAGCUGUCACGGGGGAGAGAGCUAGUUGACGCACGCGCUUGUGUCUCCAUGCAAGCUGGCGAGUUGUUUAGACACGAAAUAGUCUGCAAUUCUACUCGCAGGAAAGAAAGAGGUAUCGACUUGUUACAAAACAGUGUAAAUAUCAAACUGGACCAAGCGGAUUCUGUGACCGGUUCCAGCAGGAAAGGGGCUGUGUACCGCUGCAGAAGGUGUAGGGUUUAGUUAUAACGUAUUUGUUGUAGGUCAGGUGGUUGUGCCGAAGAGAGAAUAGCAGGUUUCUCGGAUGGAAGCUGGCUAGGGCUAGUCUAUUUCUUGUCAAUUAGUUAACUAGCUAGUUUUACCUCGUCAAACACAUGACAGAUUGUCAGUAGUUGCUGCAUAGCAAAACAUAGCUAGGCCGAGUCGGCCGGUUAGCUACCAAGCUAAUGACAAGAUAACUUGCUCAAUAGUUAUGUCGAGCAGUUUUACAAAUAAAACGUCUUUGCUAAGCAGCUCUCCACAGAGCCCUGAGAAUAGGUUUUCAUCUGUCGGCAACAACAACAGAGACUGGGACUUGGAAAAAGAUGUAUUUGUAUGCUGCUAUGAAGAGCCUAUUGGCGAAACAAUGCUGGCGGGGAUGCACUCGGUUCAGCCAGGUCUGGACAGGCACAUGCCGCUGCUGCGAGGCCGCCACCGUGUUCCUCCGGACUGUAUGAUACUGGGCCUAGAGAAACCUUACCCCGGCUGUCACAACAACCGGAGACCUCCCGCAGCCUACAUAGACACCGGUCCUCUCGACUUCAGUGAAAAUGACCGGAACGCCACCCCGGUGUUGGAAAGCAGAAAGAGGACUCGGAGCAGUAGUUCAAGGAACCGGUAUAACGAGGUUGUCACAGAAUUGGGACCCGAAGAAGUGCGUUGGUUUUACAAAGAGGACAAAAAAACGUGGAAGCCUUUCAUUGGACACGACUCUUUGAAAGUUGAGGUCAUGUUCCGUAAAUUCUGCGAACUGAACCCUGGAACGACCAAGCGCCAGGGUUCUUUGGGAAUGGAUGAAGCGUAUGAGGAAGAUAAUGCAAGCGGGGUGGAAGCGGCAACUGGGGGGUCGAACGGAGUCGAGCGAGCUGGACCAGUGCCGGAGCCGAGAACUAGGGUGAAUAGGGACAGGGGUUCGAUGGAGAGAACUGACUCCUCAGACGAAAGAGACCUUGAUUCAAUUAACAUCAACGUAGAGGCUGUAUGUGUCAGGGGUGGGCUGUAUGAGGUGGAUGUUAAAGACAGAGAAUGCUAUCCUGUGUAUUGGAAUCAGCAGGAGAGCAUUCCUGUCAUGAGGGGCCAGUGGUUCAUCGACGGCACCUGGCUCCCAUUGGAGGAGGAUGAGAGUGACAUCAUCGAGGUGGAGCACUUGACCCGUUUCCUUGGGCAGCAAAUGCAGGACAGCUUCGACUCUGACUCUGUGGUGGCCAAAACAGUCGACAGCAAAGAUGCUGUCCACAGUUUGAAAUUGAGUCGGACCCACGUGGACUGGCACAGUGUGGACGAGGUCUACCUCUACAGCGAUGCCACCACCUCCAAGAUCGCCCGCACUGUCACCCAGAAACUGGGCUUCUCCAAAGCCUCCAGCAGUGGUACACGGCUCCACCGGGGCUAUGUGGAGGAGGCCUCCUUGGAGGACAAGCCCCCCCAGACCACACACAUCGUCUUUGUGGUUCACGGCAUUGGACAGAAGAUGGACACAGGACGCAUUAUCAAGAACACUGGCAUGCUAAGGGAGGCAGUAAGGAAGAUGGAGGAGAAGCACUUUUCGGAGCACACAGAGGAGCACGUGGAGUUUCUGCCUGUAGAGUGGCGCUCCAAACUGGCACUGGAUGGGGAUACAGUGGACUCCAUCACCCCAGAUAAGGUGCGAGGACUGAGAGACCUGCUCAACAGCAGUGCCAUGGACAUCAUGUACUACACCAGCCCCUUGUACAGGGACGAGAUCACCAAGGGCCUGACGUCAGAGCUGAACCGCCUCUACACCCUGUUCUGCUCCAGGAACCCAGAGUUUGAGGAGAAGGGGGGCAAGGUGUCCAUCGUGUCUCACUCCCUGGGCUGCGUGAUCACCUUUGACAUCAUGACAGGCUGGGACCCGGUGAAGUUCUGUCUGCAGGAGCAUCAGGAGCUGGAGGAGGAGCUGGACCUGAGAUGGGUCUCCUAUGAGGAGAAAUGCCUGCUGGAGCAGCUGCAGCUCACCAGGAACAGGUUACGAGAGCUGGAGGAUCAGCUUCAAGGCCUGGAGGCCUCCAAACCGCUAGCACUCCCUGCUCUUAAAUUUAAGGUGGAGAACUUCUUCUGUAUGGGCUCUCCCCUGGCAGUGUUCCUGGCCCUGAGAGGGAUUAGACCAGGGAACAGUGGCGAACAGGACCACAUUCUGCCUCGCGCCAUCUGCCAGAGGCUAUUCAACAUCUUCCACCCCACGGACCCCGUGGCCUACAGACUGGAGCCCCUCAUCCUUAAACAUUACAGCAACAUUGCACCUGCACAGAUACACUGGUGUAGUGCUAUAGACCCCACGCCGUACGAUGAGAUCCGUCCCACCUUCAUCAACCCGCAGAAGGACCCGACGUCGGACACAGAGAGCAUCCCCAGCCCCUCCACCUCCCCUGUUCUGGCCAGGAAAUACUAUGGAGAGUCUAUCGCCAGCAUGGGCAAGGCCAGCAUACUAGGAGCGGCCAGUAUUGGUAACAGUAUAGGGAAGGGAAUAGGAGGGAUCCUGUUCUCUCGGUUCUCUCGCUCUGCGCCCUCCGGAGUGUCCUGUGCCAUCGAGGCCGGGACUCCAGAGGGGGAGGAGCCGAAGAGGACCGUCGAUAGCCAAUCAGAUUACGGCCUCUCGUCGACCUUGUCCCAGUCCCCCUCCACACUCAUAGACCCCUCAGUGGAAAUGGAGCGCCGCAUCGACUUUGAACUCCGUGAGGGCCUUGUGGAGAGCCGCUAUUGGUCAGCGGUGACCUCUCAUACAGCCUAUUGGGUCUCACACGAUAUUGCGCUCUUCCUACUGACGUUCAUAUACAAGCAGGCCAACGUGCCGCCACCCACAGACAGUCCUGACCCAGAGUAAACACACAGAGCGACUCCACCAUGUCCACACUCACACAUAGCAUCUUUAUCACCCUUUGUUACUCCAUUCUCUCUAACUAGUUUUAUACUGACACACUUCUACUAACACACAGACCUCCUUUCGUACUGUUUAGGAUGGAUACACAUUCACACGGGUGACACAUUGGAUUAUGGCCCCCUAAGGGGGGCAGCCUGCCUGUCACUGUGAUGACCAGUCCCAAUGCAUGCUCUGUGAAAGCAUGGGAGCAUAGUAGGAUCCUCCAUCUAUCCUUCCAGUCGCCAACGAGUAUGUCAGAGAUUUCAUUGCACGCUACCGAAGGGGUCUCCUCUUCCUCUUAAGAUCACAGUCUCUGUCUGAAACCGCUGCCCUCUCGGAUGUACCAAUCUCCAACUCCCCCCAUGUGUAGCAGGCAUGGUUCAGCCAUAGUUCAGCCCAACCCAAAGCUCUACUCUCCUCCACAGACUCUUCAUGGAGCUGUGGGAUGCACAAGCCAGCUUGGACCCCUCAGUAACCUCCCUUAUCCACACUGGUCUGUAUCUUCUUACCCUGAGUUACGUUUCCAUCGACAAGAACCUGGGCUGGAUACUGGGACCCUCAAAUAAUGGAAAGACUUAUGAAGGAAAUUAAGUUUGUGUUACUUUGUCUCAAAACGUAUGUUACUGUCUGAGUGAACUCAAUGCAACUUUCAAAGGGGUCUAAAUGUUAUUUCUAUAAUAGAAUGUUAAUAUAUUUCACUAAGAAAAUAAUACUACAGUUUGUUUUUCCUUUAUUUGUUUUGGAAAUGUAAAAAAAGUUGGAGACGAACUCGUCUCGCUGUACUGA